AUGGCACCCUUGCUUCGUUUUGCGCCAUCUCCCACAGGCCCUCUACAUCUAGGCGGACUAAGGACGGCUCUCAUAAACCACUUAUACGCAAGAAAGAGCGGAGGGAAAUGGAUUCUGCGCAUCGAGGACACGGAUGCUACGCGCACUGUCCCCGGCUCAUUGGAGGGCAUCAAGUCGGGACUGGCGUGGGCUGGACUGGACUACGACUAUGGCCCCGGUAGACCAGGCCCACACGGCCCUUACUUCCAAUCAGAGCGUCUGGAUCUCUACCAGCAGUACGCCAGAAAACUUCUUGAGAACGGUCACGGCUACAGAUGCUUCUGCUCCCCCUCUCGACUAGCGGAAACGCGGGAACGUCUGGCGCGUUCUGGAUCUAAUGCAUCAUAUGACAAGGCAUGCCUCUCGCUCACGGAAGAAGAGUCUACCCGCCGCGCUCGUGCUGGCGAGAAGUUCGUGAUCCGUCUCAACGAUUCCAAUCUCCCCGAGCGACAAUCCCCGGACGACGUAAUCUUUGGGAAGCUUAAAGACGCACAUUCGUCCUUGGCGACUGACCCCGUCCUACUCAAGUCAGAUAAGUACCCGACGUACCAUCUAGCUAACGUCGUAGAUGACCAUGAGAUGGGCAUCACUCAUGUCAUCCGGGGUGAGGAAUGGCUAGCGUCCCUCCCCAUGCACCUUGAUCUGUACGCGGUUCUCGGCCUCAAAGCGCCACAAUUCGCGCAUCUACCGCUACUACUGAAUCCUGACGGCACGAAAAUGUCAAAGAGACAUGGAGAUGUCCGCGUAGAGGAUUACAUCAACCAAGGAUGGGAGCCUGCAGCGAUCGUGAAUUGGCUUGCUUUGGCCGGUUGGGGGGUCUCACACGAUCACGCUCAUGCGGACAUUGCUCAUCGUAGCUACGACCCCUCACCCCACGCGCCCAAUAGUACGGCCAUAUUCACACUAUCGGAGUUGGUAAAUGAGUUUGAUCUGACUGCGGUGACACAUCGGCGCAACGUCCUUGAUCCGUAUAAGUUAGAGCGCUUCAAUAAAACCCAUCUCAGGAUGCAGCCACUCUCUGAAUUAGCCACGCGUGCCCGGAAGAUUGUCUUAGAAGUGUUCCCAAAAAGCCAGUAUACAGAGCUACCAUACCUCGAGAAGGUCGUGGAGGCACUAUUACACAGACUUCCAACGUUACAGGAACUCCCAAUUCAAGCCCCGUACUUCUUCACCGACCCACCCACGCCGUCCAAAACCCUCAUGACCUCAGACAGCGCUGCUCACGCCCUCGAAGUCGCGGAGGCAGCGGUGAAGAGAUUCUCUUGUAUCGCAGAUGACCAUUGGGACCGCGAUACCCUUGCGACAGUGCUAAAGGGCCUGUCGAGAGAAGAAAACCUAGGGAAAUCGACUGUGGUCCUAACCGCGAUCCGCAUCGCUCUCACCGGCAUGAAGAGUGGCCCUCCUGUUCCAGAUACGAUGUUUCUACUCGGUCGAGAGCGAACAUUGAACAUUCUGUCACGCGUGCAAGCUGCACUGCAGGAUACUACAGAUCACCAUUCAUAA